AUGGCCGACUCUACAGCCAACUUCUCGGCCGCGCUCAAAGUAUGGGGAGGUCAGUCACCCUGAUCCCAACCAGCUGCCCCACCGCGAUCCAGUCCGUCCUAGCCACGUCCACGUCCACCGCUCACCGAUCGGCUCGACUCUUCUGUGCAGACAUUAACCUCUCCCAACUCCAAAAGUCACUCGACAUUCAAGGCUUGGAGAUUGUCGAUAACCAAAAGGACAACAUGAUGGGGCGCAAGAAGCUCGCCGAAUCCACACGAGGUUCGUUGCCCCGACUCGAGCAGUCCGUCUGCGCUUCACAGCCCUGAUCACGUCGUGGGCGCGAACAGACUUCAAGAAAUUGCCCGAUCAGGACAAAGCACCGGUAUUCAAGACGCUACUCAAAGGUACGUCGCGCUCUCCGCCGCCAGAAAUCGCCGAGCGAACCGAACCGAAAACCUGACUCUUACGCCUGUGACCCCCCAACCCACAGCCUACCAGGGCGAAAUCGACGCCUUGACAAAACGUUCCAAGACGGCCGAGAACGCCUUUCUGGGCGUGUACAAACUCCUCGCCGAAGCGCCUGAUCCUUUCCCCUUGUUGGAUGCUGCCGUCGUGAGUCGUGCUCGCAAGGCUCAUUCAAUGACUUGGCUCACACUGGGAUGCAAUUUCCGCUUGCCCUCUUACCAAGGACCAAACUGCUCGUGCUUCGGAGGCAAGGAUCCUCGAAGGCGAGGUCGCUCGACAGAAGGAGGAGAACGCUGCGUUGAGACUACAAUUGAGCGAGGCCGCUUCGGCAGAGAAGGAGCGUAAGCGAUUGGCUGAAAAGGUUGAAAAGCUCGAGACGAGGGUGAGUCGGGCGAUCUUGCGUUUAUGAGGUCGCAAUUUUUUCUCGAUUGACAUGCGUGGUUCGGGCGGGGUUGGACAGAUGGAGGAUAUGGUCGUAGAGCAUGUAGGGGCGAAAGAAGCCGAGCUCCACGCGACGUAUGAUGAGAGGUUGAGGAAUUACGCCGAGCGGUAAGCAGGGCAGCCUUUCAACUAUACUUGCACUCGAUCGCGUCACUGAUGAUCCAUGCCUCCGUCUUGAACUUAGGGAGAAGGACUUGCAACGCCAAGUCUCGGUCGCUCGAUCACAGCUGCGAGAAUUGCGCACCACAGCCGACUCGAGUCAGGCCAAACUCUUUGAUCACAGUCAACGACAAGGUUCGCAAAAAGGCACUUUAUACCGCUCAAAGACUCGGCGAAACUAAUGAUCAGAAAUUCAUCCUUCCCUUUACUGACAGAUCAAGAAACGCUCGCUCGCCUCGCCGAAGCCGAUCUCAUCACCGAGGAUCUCGAACGCGCCAACAGCCGCGUGACCGAAGUCGAACGAAGGAACGAGAAACUGCGCGCCGAGAUCGAGGCUGUUCGAAGCGGGAGCGAAAGUGCUGGGCGGUGAGUUGCGCUGAAACCACCCAAGCGAGGUGAUCCUGAGCUGAUCAUGUUGAUUACUCGUGAACUCAGAGUAUCGCAAUUGGAAGCCCAAGUCUCGGACCUCCAGACGGAAGCCAGUCGAUUGAUGCGUUCCCUCGAACAACAAAAGGAAGUGAACGAGACGGACCGAUCCGAGAGCCAGAAGAAGGUCGACGAUCUGAUCAAAGACAGGGAGAUCAAGGCGCAGGAGAUUGAGAGUUUGAAGGAGCGUGUGAGGCAGUUUGAUGAUUAUGAUGAGAUCAAGCGCGAGUUGGAGAUUAUGAAGGUAGGUGGUCCGGGUCCGUGGGGAUCUACGAUUGAUAUUGUGCUGACGGUCGCACGAAAUGGCUCCAUCCACAGUACGUCGAGUUCGCGGGACUCGAAACGGAAGAAUCACACCCGUUCGACGAGACCGUGCGCCUCCCCGACCCCAACGCCGACAAAGCGAACCAACACCGUGGCAAGCCACUCGAAAACCUCCUCAUGACCAAGAACCGUAAACUCCAAGAUGAAUUAACAUCCCUUCGCGUCGCACAUGAAGAAUUGUCCGCGACACAUCGUACGUUAUCGAAUGAUCUGAAUGGCUUACAAUCGAGGUUCGAUGAGCAGAGGAGUUUGAACGAUCGGUUGGAGAAUGAUUUGUUGAGGAUCAAUCAGGGGGGUCAACUGGCUUCUGCGGCGGCGGCGGCAAGGGAGGAUCCGUUGGCUUCCCUCAACGUGGGCAAGAAGGACCUUAAUGGUGUUGGAGGGAGCGGAUCGAACGUACCGGGUGGGACAAGCGGAGGUUUCACCAGCUCAGCCGACAUUUCAAUCCUCCCCAUCAUCACCUCGCAAAGGGAUCGUUUCCGCCAACGCAACGCCGAACUUGAAGAAGAACUGCGUCGCCAAUUCGAAACCAUUUCCGAACUCCGCGGCGAGAUCAAAUCCCUCCAAACGGAUUCCCUGAAACUCUACGAGAAAGUGCGCUACCUUCAAUCUUAUCGCGACGAUACGAGGGUCAUCCCUAUGAAACCUUUUGGAGGAUCAAAGGGGGACGAAGAGUUGGGCAAGUUCCAAAACAAGUACGACGAAUCGAUGAACCCUUUCGAGGCAUUCAGAGGAAGGGAACGAGGACGGGCGAUCCAUAUGCUCAACCCUUUGGAGAAGGUGCUCCUCCACCUGUCGACAUUGGUGUUGUCGAACCGGUUCUCGCGUAACAUAUUCGUCGUCUAUGCGUUGGGUCUGCAUUUACUGGUGCUGUCGACGUUGUACGCCAAUUUCUCGGGAUCAGCAGAUUCAAUGACCCAUGUUGCCGCGCCACCGAUAUCGUAG